UUUUCACGCCCCCACGACGCCUUCACUAUUUACCAAAGUUUUAACGGAAACAGAGCCCUCUCUCUCUUUUGUUUUUCUCUCCCUUUUUCGCUCAAUCGCUGCAAAGAUUCUUCUUCCCUCUCUCUAUUCCCCCCGUCCCUGUGGCCAUUUGAUCCAAAUGCUUCACUCUCGAUCCCGAUCCCUCCCUUCCCUCUUCUCCUCCCCCUAGGAGAUUCGAAUGCGGCGGAGCCGCCGGAGCUGCUGAAGGAACCGAUCGGUGCAGAGCGAGAGCGAGAGAGAGGUAUGGCGGAGGAGGGCGAAUCGGAGAGGGCGGAGGCGGUGGUCGCCAUGGGGUCCAUGGACUCGUCGGAGUCCCGGUGGGUGUUCCAGGACGACGACGAUUCGGAGAUCGAGGGCGAGGAGGGGGACGGGGACGAGGACGAGGACGAGGAGGACGAGGACGGGACGCCGCCGCGGACCGCCUUGGAUUCGGACGACGACGGGAAUGCGGCGCACCGGCUGAUUCGCACCGGCCCUCGCAUUGAUUCCUUCGAUGUCGAGGCUCUCGAGGUCCCCGGCGCGCCGAGAAACGACUACGAGGGAAUUAGUGUGGGAAGAAGAAUUGUUAUUGCAUGUCAGAUUCUUGGGGUUGUUUUUGGUGAUGUGGGAACAAGCCCAUUAUAUGCCUUCAGUGUGAUGUUCACCAAGGCACCUAUAAAUGGAAAUGAGGAUGUCAUUGGAGCACUAUCUCUUGUCCUAUACACCUUAAUUAUUAUCCCUUUAGUGAAGUAUGUGCUCAUUGUUCUUUGGGCCAAUGAUGAUGGCGAAGGUGGCACGUUUGCCUUAUACUCAUUGAUUUGUAGACACGCCAAAGUUAGUCUUCUCCCGAACCAGCUUCCAUCUGAUGCGCGAAUUUCAUCCUUUAGGCUUAAAGUCCCAUCCGCGGAACUUGAGAGAUCCUUAAAGAUUAAGGAAAGGCUAGAGAAUUCACUGACGUUGAAAAGGCUGCUCCUGAUUCUAGUGCUUGCUGGUACUUCUAUGGUUAUUGCUGAUGGGGUUGUCACGCCGGCAAUGUCAGUAGUCUCUGCUGUUGGUGGAUUAAAAGUUGGGGUGGCUGCUAUUGGGGAAGCGGAGGUGAUGACAAUUUCAGUUGCCUUUCUUGUUGUAUUGUUUAGCGUACAGAAGUUUGGAACAAGUAAAGUGGGACUUGCGGUUGGCCCUGCUUUAUUUAUAUGGUUUUGUUCUCUUGCUGGUAUCGGAAUUUACAAUAUCAUAAAAUAUGACACCAGUGUGUUUAGGGCUUUCAAUCCGAUUCACAUAUAUUUUUUCUUCAAGAGGAACACAAGUAAGGCCUGGUAUGCGCUCGGCGGCUGUCUUCUCUGUGCCACAGGUUCCGAGGCAAUGUUUGCAGAUCUUUGCUACUUUUCAGUGCGUUCGGUUCAGCUUACAUUUGUUUUUCUUGUACUGCCUUGCCUUAUGCUGGGUUACAUGGGUCAAGCUGCCUACCUUAUGGACAACCAUUCUAACUAUGAGCAAGUGUUUUUCUCUUCAAUCCCAAGUGGAGCAUUCUGGCCAAUCUUAAUAAUAGCUAAUGUUGCCGCACUAAUUGCCAGCCGAACCAUGACAACAGCCACAUUUUCGUGUAUUAAACAGUCAACAGUACUGGGGUGUUUUCCUCGCCUUAAAAUCAUUCACACCUCUCGAAAAUUCAUGGGCCAGAUAUAUAUACCUGCCAUUAAUUGGUUUCUGAUGGUAGCCUGUGUGAUCUUGGUGUGCUCUAUAUCAAGCAUCACUGAAAUUGGAAAUGCGUAUGGAAUUGUUGAGCUCGGAGUGAUGAUGAUGACAACAGUGUUAGUAACAAUUGUAAUGCUUCUUAUAUGGCAGAUAAACAUCAUCAUUGUGCUGAGUUUUGUGGUCAUUUUCCUCGGAUUGGAAUUAACUUUCUUCUCAUCAGUUCUUUGGAGUGUGGGAGAUGGUAGUUGGAUAAUAUUGGUUUUUGCAGUAGUCAUGUUCCUUGUUAUGUAUAUAUGGAACUAUGGGAGCAAGCUGAAAUAUGAAACAGAAGUCAAGCAAAAGAUGUCGAUGGAUUUGCUGCGGGAAUUAGGUAGCAAUCUUGGGACUGUGAGGGCUCCUGGAAUUGGCUUGCUCUACAAUGAGUUGGUGAAGGGCAUACCAGCUAUUUUUGGCCAUUUUCUGACCACUCUCCCAGCAAUUCAUUCCAUGAUAAUAUUUGUUUGUAUUAAGUAUGUCCCAGUUCCUGUGGUGCCUCAAAGUGAGAGAUUUCUCUUCCGCAGAGUCUGCCCGAAAAGCUACCACAUUUUUCGGUGCAUUGCCAGGUAUGGCUACAAAGAUGUGCGCAAGGAAAAUCACCAGGCCUUUGAGCAGCUGCUGAUUGAAAGCCUAGAGAAGUUCAUCCGUCGGGAAGCCCAGGAGCGGUCACUAGAGAGUGAUAGUGACGAGGAUAUGGAUUCCGAGGGUGACAACUGUGGGGCAAUAAUAGCUCCCAACGGAAGUCUUUAUUCACUGAAUGCCCCACUUCUUGCUGAAUAUACGCAAGAUGGCAAUACCAUCUCCGAAGCGAGCACCUCAGAUGAGGUCAGGCCAGUGGUUGAGGCAGCCCCGUCAUCUGAUCCAGAACAGAGUCUUGAGAGAGAGUUGUCCUUCAUCCGCAAGGCAAAAGAAUCUGGGGUUGUCUAUCUGCUUGGUCACGGAGAUAUUAGGGCAAGGAAAGAUUCGUGGUUUAUAAAGAAGCUAAUCAUUAAUUACUUUUAUGCUUUCUUGAGAAAGAACUGCAGGAGGGGGAUUGCAAACCUGAGCGUGCCGCACUCACAUCUAAUGCAAGUCGGUAUGACUUACAUGGUGUGAAGGCAUGUAUGUGUCAAAUUAUUUGGUGAAGAUUUAGAGAGAGGGUUUUAUCAUGAUAUGCUCGGCCCUCAAAGAAAUUUCGCAGCUUCAGACUAUGCAGAUGCUUUUUGGCGGUGGCCCCUGAUCUGGCACAAAUCGGAUCCAACGUACCAUGAGUUUGUUUGAACUGGCCAAGGGAGCAGCUGUGAGGUAUUUUUCCUUUGUGCCAACGUGUAUUCCUUUUGACUGAUUGACUGCUACAGGAGGUGAGAACAGAUUGCUUUUGUAACUUAGUUAUUAAAUGCCAGAGGAAAAAGUGAAGUUUGUUCUUUAAGGACCAAGGGAGAGAAUUUCCGUUCCAGUUUUACACGGCUUACCACGAAACUCACUAGAGUCGACAGUAUGCUAAUGAGAUCCUGAACUAUUAUUUCUCUCGUCAUGUUUGCUUCGAGGAUGACCUUGUGUAGUUGCUACAUUGCAAUUGCAGUUUUGAGAAUUUCAUCCUCGCAAUAAUUUGUACCCUGUGGCUUAGAUACCAGCUUCUGUUGAUUUCAAGGAAAAGAAAACGAUUGGUAUGUC